AUGCGGUGUGCCGCCGAAGCAGCCAGAAAGGAGGUUGCACGCAUGCGUGCAGCCGAAGAGAGUACUUCCCUUGCUUCAGCAACAGGCGAUUCUUCGCCUGUGUCGCAAGCGAGCAACAGGAAGUGCCUGUUGCGAAAAUUCCACGUGGUGAGUCACCACGUGCUACAGAUGCAUCCGCUGCGUCUGCAGCGGGUGUCGCGACUCGCAACGUGGAUGAGUUUGAAAUAG